AUGAAGUCCCCAAAUUCUUCGGUACUUCUUGUCAUUCUCUCAAUCCUGUCACUCUCACUCUCAGUAUCAUGCACAACUUCACGUCCAGUUCGCAUCAAUAGCUUUCUCAAAUGCCUUCCAAAACACUUUGCUGCUGCCAAAAUCGUUUACACCCCUCAAGACAACUUUUAUAAACCCCUUUUGCAUGCACGUAUCAAUAACCUCAGAUAUGGUACACCUGAAAUGCCAAAACCUUUGGCCAUAAUAGCAGCCAGAAAUGCAACCCAUAUCCAAGCUACUAUUAUCUGUGCAAAGGAGCAUGGAUUGCUGGUGAAAACCCGAAGUGGCGGCCAUGAUUUUGAGGGUCUGUCGUACGUGUCGGAUGUACCCUUUGUCAUGAUCGACAUGUAUCAAAUGAAUUCGAUUAAAGUCAAUGUUGCCAAAAAGAAUGUCUGGAUUCAAUCUGGAGCUCUUCUUGGAAGACUUUACUACGAAAUUUCUCAGAAAACCAACGUUUAUGGGUUUCCUUCCGGGCUUUGUCCAACAGUUGGCGCUGGUGGCCACUUUGGUGGUGGCGGGUAUGGGGUUUUGAUGAGGAAAUAUGGAUUUAGCGUUGACAAUAUCGUUGAUGCUAAGCUAGUCACUGCGAAUGGCAAAAUUCUUAAUAGAAAAUCAAUGGGAGAAGACCUUUUUUGGGCCAUCAGAGGAGGUGGUGUUGCUAGCUUUGGAGUUGCUCUUGAAUGGAAGCUCAGGCUGGUUCCAGUUCCAGCCAAAGUGACGGUGUUCAACGUUAAGAGGACCAUAGCGCAAGGCGCUACAGAUCUAUUUUACAAAUGGCAAAUUAUAGCAGCCAAGAUGCCCAAAGAGCUGUUCCUCAGAGCACAACCGAAAGUCGCCAAUACAACUACGGGCAAGACUGUGGAAAUCUCAUUCAUUGCUCAUUAUUUGGGCAACAGUGACAAGCUUUUUGCACUGGUGAAGGCGAGAUUCCCUGAACUAGGGUUAAAGCUAAGUGACUGCAUCGAGAUGAGUUGGGUGGAAUCCACUGUGUUUUGGGCUGACUUCCCAGUUGGAACUCCAACUACUGUUCUACUUAACUCGACAAAUCCAGCAAUCUACUUCAAAGGUACGUCUGACUAUAUUAUAAAUCCGCUUCCAAAAAAAGUUAUAGAUGCUAUCUGGACGCAUAUGAUUGAGAUAGAGGAUAUCUUUCUGGAUACAAACCCUUACGGUGGACGAAUGGAUGAGAUAUCUGAGUCAGCAACUCCAUACCCUCACAGAUCUGGAAUCCUAUUUCAUGUUAUGUAUUAUACGUCCUGGACUAAAGAGGGAAUCGAGGCCACAAACAGGUACGUUCGGCUGACAAGAAAAUUGUUUGAGAUGAUGACUCCAUAUGUCUCAAACAAUCCAAGAAGGGCCUUCCAAAACUACAAGGAUCUCGACAUUGGUGCCAAUCAGGAUAAUCAGACCAACUAUGAAAUCGGUAGACUUUAUGGAACCAAGUAUUUCAAAGCUAACUUUGAUAAAUUGGUUCAUAGCCAAUUGGGUAUUAAUCUUUUCAGAUGCAUGCAUGGAAUUCCGAAACACGCAUGUCGAUUGGAGUUUGAAUUGGGGUUGGUGGGUUCGUUUCUUACUAAUCUGGAGGAGAAGCCGAUGAUUAUACAUGUGAGUUUUGGUUCUUUGGACCUGGUAGAGAUGGAGUCAUCGUUCGGAUGCUCGUCGGAGUAUCGGGAGGAAGUUGAGUGGUAA